AUGUUAAAAGUUCUUGCUCUAAUCUAUUUAAUUCUUUUCGUACGUAAUUUUCUAGCAAUGUAUAUGGUUAUUCAACGUAAAAUUCGUGAGCGUACAGCAGAUAUUCAAUGGUUACAACAUCGUUAUGAAAGUGCUUUAACAUUAAUAAAUUGUGAACGAUCAUCGUUUCAGAAAUUAACUUUUCUUUUGGUUUUCCUAUUUUGA